AUGGCGUGCAGAUCAGGCGACCAGUGGCAGCACGUGCUGGCGCUGCUCAGGGAGAUCUGGACGGUGAGCCUGGAGUUGGGGGUCGUCUGCCACGAUGUCGGGGUCACCGCGUGGGAGAUGGGCGGGCAGUGGCGGCGCUCGCUGUCGUUGCUCAGGGAGGCUGUGCGGCUGCGGCUAGAGCCGAACGCCGAGAUCUGCGGCAACGCGGUCUGCGUAUGCGAAGCGGAAACCCGCCCUGCCUCGGGGCGGAUGGCGUCGCUUCCGCCCGAGGGAUUGCGACGGGCGAGGGGGGCGCGCCACGCGGGCUGGCCGCCUGGCUUUCGAGGUCUGGCAUCGGCCAGCGGGGCUGACGGCCAGACCGAACACUUCGGCUGGGCGGGCUGA